AGGUGAGGGGCCGGGAGCCCCGGGGGAACUCUCCUUAGUCUGUGGAGCUCCACUGCAGUUCGUGCCAGGUGGAAUGUUUCACAGGCACAUGGUUUAUACAGCUCAAAAUAACUUGGGACCUGCGAGCUGACAAAUGCUCUGGCUCCGGUGGUGACAGGUUGUCCAGCUUCUUACAGCCAUCUUCACUGAAGCUGAGGUUAACUCCUCACUCUCUAUGGACGGCCACUGUCUAUUUCCAAGGGCGUGAAGAAUUCUCUUUUUCUCCUGUGCUUUCAUCUGAAAGUUCUCCUCGGAUAUUAUCAUCACAGUGGAGUGCCUGAGCUGAACAUCCUCAUCUGGGUCAACUAAAAAAAGAAAGCAUGCAAGACGACAGCAUGGAAGCUUCUACUUCCAUUUCUCAGCUUCUGAGAGAGAGCUAUUUAGCAGAAACUAGACAUCGGGGAAACAAUGAGAGGAGUCGAGCAGAACCUUCCUCCAACCCUUUCCAUUUUGGCAGUCCUUCUGGAGCUGCCGAAGGAGGAGGCCAAGAUGACCUUCCAGAUCUUUCAGCCUUUCUGAGCCAAGAAGAAUUGGAUGAAAGUGUCAAUCUGGCAAGAUUGGCCAUCAAUCACGACCCUUUGGAGAAAGCAGAUGAAGCUCAAAUUAGAAAACAUCUUUCUUCUGAUCCGAUGAAGCACUCACCAAAAUCAAGUUUUGACCCUAACUUCUGCCAGGAUAACUCUCGAAGUGCUACCAGCUCUAAAGAGAGCCCCCAGGAGACAAAAAGGCCGCAGUAUAGUUCUGAAACCCAGUCCAAAAAAGUAUUCUUAAAUAAGGCUGCCGAUUUCAUUGAAGAGCUGUCCUCCCUUUUCAAAGCCCAUAGCUCCAAAAGGAUUAGACCUCGUGCCUGCAAAAACCACAAGAGUAAAUUGGAAUCUCAAAAUAAAGUUAUGCAGGAAAACAGCUCCAGUUUCUCAGAUCUAUCAGAAAGACGAGAAAGAUCUUCUGUUCCCAUCCCUAUCCCUACAGAUACUAGGGAUAAUGAAGUGAAUCAUGCUCUUGAGCAGCAGGAAGCGAAGAGGCGAGAAGCUGAGCAGUCUGCCAGUGAGGCAGCUGGUGGAGACACCACCCCAGGGUCUUCACCUUCAUCUUUGUAUUAUGAAGAGCCUCUGGGGCAACCUCCCCGGUUCACUCAAAAGUUACGGAGCAGAGAAGUUCCAGAAGGAACCAGAGUACAGUUGGAUUGCAUAGUGGUAGGAAUUCCACCACCUCAAGUAAGGUGGUACUGUGAAGGCAAGGAGCUUGAAAAUUCCCCAGACAUUCACAUCAUCCAGGCAGGAAAUCUGCACUCACUGACCAUUGCUGAAGCCUUUGAAGAGGACACAGGACGCUAUUCCUGUUUUGCUUCUAACAUCUAUGGGACAGACUCAACUUCUGCUGAGAUUUAUAUAGAAGGGGUUUCUUCUUCUGACUCAGAAGGGGACCCUAACAAGGAAGAGAUGAAUCGAAUCCAGAAGCCAAGUGAGGUGUCAUCCCCUCCCACUACCUCUGCAACCAUUCCUUCAGCAGUACCCCAAGCCCAGCAUGUGGUGGCCAAGCCCAGUGUGUCAACCAUCCAGCAGUGUCAGAGCCCCACCAACUAUUUGCAAGGAUUGGAUGGAAAACCUAUCAUUGCAGCUCCUGUGUUUACAAAGAUGUUACAAAAUUUAUCAGCCUCUGAGGGUCAGCUCGUUGUCUUUGAAUGCAGAGUAAAAGGAGCUCCAUCUCCUAAGGUUGAGUGGUACAGAGAAGGGACCUUGAUAGAAGAUUCUCCAGAUUUUAGGAUUUUACAGAAAAAACCCCGAUCCAUGGCAGAGCCAGAGGAGAUCUGCACUUUGGUCAUUGCUGAAGUAUUUGCAGAAGACUCUGGGUGCUUCACGUGUACUGCAAGCAACAAGUACGGCACCGUGUCCAGCAUUGCACAGCUGGAUGUAAGAGGAAAUGAAGACGUCAGAAAUAAUGGGUCUCUUCACUCAGCCAGCUCCACCACCAACCUGGCUGUUAUUGAGCAACAGCCAUCCUCACCCAACCCAGAGCCUCCUUCUGUGGAACAACCCCCGAAACCCAAACUUGAAGGGGUUCUGGUGAACCACAAUGAGCCCCGGUCCAGCUCAAGGAUUGGGCUCCGUGUGCACUUCAACCUGCCUGAAGAUGACAAAGGAAGUGAAGCAUCCUCUGAGGGCGGCAUGGUGACCACCAACCAGAUCAGGCCCGAUUCUUUCCAGGACAGAUUCAAUGGACAGGCAGCAAAAAUCUCUGAGCCUUCUUCACCUGUCAAAGAGCCCCCUCCAGUUCUGGCCAAACCCAAACUCGAUUCCAGUCAGUUACAACAGCUUCACAACCAAGUCUUACUGGAACAACAGCAGCUGCAGAACCCACCUCCUUCAUCUCCUAAAGAGCUCCCCUUCAACAUGAGUGUUUUGAACUCCGUGGCUCCUCCAACAGUGACAAUGUCCAGCAAGCAGAUGAAGGCCCCUUCACAGACAUUCAGCUUGGCCCGGCCAAAGCAUUUCUUUCCCUCCAUGAGUACCACUGCAGCAGCCGUGUCCCCUUCCAGCUCUCCAGUGUUCACCCUGAGCAGCACUCCUCAAGCCAUUCAGAGGACAGUGAGCAAAGAAAGCCUCUUACUCUCUCACCCCUCUGUGCAAACCAAACCUCUAGGAGGGUUUUCUAUCCAAAAUGAGCCAGCCCCUCCAGGUCCAAUAGAACCAGCACGACCGCCACUCACAUUUUCCGUCUCCAGUGGAAACCAGUUUCAGCCCCGCUGUGUAUCCCCAACUCCUGUCUCUCCCACCAGCCGGAUUCAGAACCCAGCGGCUUUCCUCAGCUCUGUUCUACCUUCUCUCCCUGCCAUCCCACCCACCAAUGCCAUGGGGCUGCCUAGAAGCGCACCAUCUGUGCCAUCCCAGGGACUAAUGAAGAAAAAUACAAAGUCUGCCCAACCAGUGAGUGAUGAUUACAUUCGUGAAGCUAAGAAUGCAGUGAUUCUAGACUUGGGGAAAAAAAUGAAUUUCAGUGAUGUCAGAUCAAACCAGCAGGAGUACAAAAUUUCAAGCUUUGAGCAGAGGCUGAUGAAUGAAAUAGAGUUUCGUUUGGAACGUACCCCUGUUGAUGAAUCAGAUGAUGAAAUCCAACAUGAUGAGAUCCCCACGGGCAAGUGUAUUGCUCCCAUCUUUGACAAAAGACUCAAGCACUUCCGUGUCACAGAAGGCUCUCCAGUCACAUUCACCUGCAAAAUUGUUGGGAUACCUGUUCCAAAGGUUUACUGGUUCAAAGAUGGGAAGCAGAUUUCAAAGAGAAAUGGGCGUUGCAAAAUGAGGCGAGAAGAAGAUGGGACAUGUUCUCUGCACAUUGAAUCUACCACCAGCGAUGACGAUGGCAACUACACCAUCAUGGCUGCCAACCCCCAGGGGAGAAUCAGCUGUUCUGGCCACUUGAUGGUACAAGGUUUGCCCAUUCGCAGUCGACUAACGUCCGCUGGUCAGUCUCACAGAGGAAGGUCCCGAGUGCAAGAAAGAGACAAAGAGCCCCUGCAGGAGCGCUUUUUCCGACCACAUUUCCUGCAGGCUCCUGGGGAUCUGGUGGCUCACGAGGGGCGCCUCUGUCGGCUGGACUGUAAGGUGAGUGGCUUACCACCCCCAGAGCUGACGUGGCUGCUCAAUGGCCAACCUGUGCUACCAGAUGCCUCCCACAAGAUGCUGGUCAGGGAGACCGGAGUCCACUCUCUGCUCAUUGACCCACUCACUCAACGCGAUGCAGGGACCUAUACAUGCGUUGCUACCAACAAAACCGGACAGAAUUCCUUCAGUCUGGAGCUCACUGUAGUAGCCAAAGAGGUGAAGAAAGCGCCGGUUAUCCUGGAGAAACUGCAGAACAGCGGGGUUCCCGAAGGGCACCCGGUGAGGCUGGAGUGCCGUGUGAUAGGCAUGCCACCACCUGUGUUCUACUGGAAGAAAGACAAUGAGACCAUCCCUUUCACCAGAGAGAGGAUCAGUAUGCACCAGGACGCAACAGGGUAUGUCUGCCUCCUCAUCCAGCCAGCCAAGAAAUCAGACGCUGGGUGGUACACGUUGUCAGCCAAGAAUGAAGCAGGCAUCGUGUCAUGCACUGCCAGGCUGGAUAUAUACGCCCAGUGGCACCAGCAGAUCCCACAGCCCAUGUCCGUCCGGCCCAGUGGCAGUCGCUAUGGAUCUCUCACCAGUAAAGGACUUGACAUUUUCUCUGCCUUCUCUUCCAUGGAAAGCACAAUGGUGUAUUCAUGCUCUUCUCGGAGUGUAGUGGAGAGUGACGAACUUUAAGAAUGUCUGGGUGCCUGCUGUGUAAGGGGGCAGACUGUGGAGGGGGAAGGAGGACAAGCCAGACACGGUGGUUUCCAAGCAACUGGAUUUGAGUAAGUUCCCAUGCUGCUGGACCUGUGGCAAGGAAUGCUUUGAAUAAGUCAGCUAGGGACUCUUGCAGUCUUGGCUGAGGGAGAGAUGGAGGGCUGUGCCUUUUAAAGAUUCCAACAAAAAGUGAGAAUACAAUACAGAUGAACCAAAGAUGUCAUGCAGCUGCCAUCCACUGCUUUGGGAAAAAGCUAACAUGCUCCCCUGCCCCCUGCUGUGUUAGGGAUGUUUAGGCCCUUUUAGGGGCAAUUAGGGGCCAUAGGCUCGGGCUGAGAGGAGUUAGACAGUAGUGACCUUAGGUAUCACUAACUCAGCGGACAAUGCAAAGGCGAAAAGUGGGGAGGUCUGCAUCGCCUUUCAUUGAUUACAUCCAUAGCAGUGGUUUUUGUGGAUUCAUUAAAUCAGCUUGAACUUAGCAUUUAGAGAUGCAACUGAUAUAUGUGGAGAAGCACUUUUGAUUUGUUUAUCCUGGGUGUACUGAGCCACACAAUAAGGUGCCAAAAUGUGCUUGAGAUGCAAAAAGUUCAUUGAAACACUCAAUAUUGCACAGUGCACUUAUUCUGUAGCCCCACCAACCUGUCUGUCCAUUUUCUUUUGGAUACGAUGGUGAGUGGUUUCUCUUUCCGACUUAUUAUAUCCCUAGACUCUAGAACUAAAAGUUUGUUAAUAAACCAACCAGAAAGAAGUCUUCUACAGGGUCACUUUUAAAACUACUAGCUUCAAUUGCCACUUGCAAUAUAUGCGCGAGUCAUCAUCAUCUUCCCACAAAAUACUGACCCUCCUGCUCCUCCCUUCUCCCUGAAAGUCUGGAGUGCAUGAGGCAGUGAGGAAGGAAGAGAUGCAAACAAGGAGAGAGGUGAUAGGAGAGUCUUGUUUUUCACUUGCCCCAGCAAAGCAGUGGUUGUGAAAGGAGAGGUCUUUAAGAGUUGUGGACUGCUUUGAUAUCAUUACUGAAAUUGCAUUUUCUACAUAGAAAAUGUUAUGCUAGCUGAGAAAAUGGGAGGAAUGCGGAGUAUGCAUCUUUAUUCUAACUCACAAAUUCAAAAUUGGUGCCUCUCAAUUUCUGGAAUUUUUAGACUUAAACUCACUGCGAUAUCCCCAGUGCCUGGAUGAGUGCUUAGCACACAGUAGACAUUCAGUAGAUAUUUGUUAGAUGAAUGAAUCUUGUAGUAGAAAGAGAAUCUACAAUUCACACAGCAGUGCAAAAAUUGCCCUAGGAAUUGUCACCACAGCAUGGUUUGCUCCAGAUUCACCAGUGAAAUGAAUUGGAGGUGGCUGUUUCCGACUCCCUGUGGGCAGGUCUCUGGUGGUCUCUGAGCCAGGCACCCUCUCCUGGCAUCUUACUCAAGCGAACAAGUAGUAAUUGCUUAGAAAGGCUUGAAACUUUCUUCACUUCAAGGCAAGGAUUUCCAGUAUAAAAAUAAAUUCAUUCACUCAAAAAAUAAUUUGUGUUUCUACUCUGUAUAAGAUGCUAUGCUGGAGACCAUGGGUGACACAAAGAUAUGAAUAAAACACAGUCCCGUCCUCAGUGAGCUCACAAUCUAGAAGGAGAGGUAAAAUACAAGGCAUGUAGAGUCUGCUUCUCGGGGCAAAAAUCUAUUCUUUAUCAAAUAGAAGUUUCCAGUACUCUUCAUCCUAUAUUUUUCAUGACUCUAAAAUCAUCUUAUUUUCAAUCUUUAUUUCUUAAUGAAAAAAAUGCGAGAGGUUACAUUCUUAAGAAAUAAAGGUUUCAGUCAAUUAUUUAACAGAAUUAUUAGUUUUUUUACUUUUUCAUGUAUGCAGGAACAAUAGUAAAAAUAUAUGCAACUGUAAUGAAACAGAAUGCAUUUCGUACAGAACACAUCCUAUAAAAUGUUCUUUUUGCUAUUGACUUUAUUAUGAACUCUCUUUAUGACCAGAGCACUUUCUAAUUCUAGGAUUGCUUCUCCACAGUUGUACACCAAUCUUCUCCUUACAUCUAUUUGUAUAAACUCUAGACAGUUCUUCUAUUGAACUGUCUGGAUGAAGAAAGGAUAUUCUUCAUCUCUGUAUGUCUUACCUUUCUAAGUAUUUUUUACCUGUUGUCUAGUGUUCAACACAGAACAAAGGUAAAUAUUAUAUUUGAACACUAGGUGGAGCUGUCCAACCUAAAAUAUAGCAAACCUAAAAAUUCCUGAAAUGUGAACUAUUGGAUUUUGUUAAAGCAGGGUUUCUCAACCUCAGCAUUAUUGACAUUUUGGGCUGGAUAAUUCUUUGUUGUGGAGGACUGUCCUGCACAUUGUAGGAUGUUUAGCAGCAUCCCUGGCCUCUACCCACUAGAUGCCAAUGACAUAGCAGCCACUCUCCUGGUUGUCUCUCUAGGCCAGGCCACCCGACGUGUCUCCAGCCAUUGCCAUAUGUUUCCUGGGAGACGGGAUCUCCCCUUAUUGAGAGCCACUGUGUUGAACGAAUCAAUGCCCUGCUUUAAGAAUGCUCUUGGAAUUCAAUUACAAUGAGGAAUACUAAUACAAGAAAUUUUAGUUCCGCUGGAUAUAUUUGGACUCAACGUAUCCAAAAUCAGAUUCAUCAUCUUCCCUUUCAUAAACAUUCUUCAGCGUGGUUUAAUGAUUUCUAUUAAUGGCACCAUCACUUUCCUAGUUAUCCAAAUAAAAAGCAUCCAAGUCAUUUUUUUGCUUCCUCUAUCCAAUCAAUCAACAAAUCCUGUUCAUUCUAACUCUACUAUUUCUUUUAUAUUCAGGCCUUCUUUUCCAUCCCCAUCCAUUCCAAUUCACCAGUUCAGACUUUCAUUACUUUCUUAAUUUCCCUCAGUACUUCCGACUUCAACCAUAAUAAGAGACUAAGUGGUCUUCUGGCCUCUAGUUCCACUGUUUCUCCCCACUUGAAUCUAGCCUGGAUCUCAGCAUCAGAUCAUUCUUCCUGAAGUACUGCUCCAAUCAUAUCAUUCCCCAAUUUUAAACCCCCCGUGGCUCCUUGGAGCCAAUCCAGGUACCUGCUGUUCUGCCCUGUGGUAUUCAAGGCAAGUCAAUAUGCUCCCAAAGCUUUUCAUCCGCUGCUCAGAAAACACACCUAGUGCACCAGCAAAUUUAAGAUAAGCCCCUGCUUUCCAGCUACAGUCCACUCUUUGCCUCCAUCAGGAAGGCUCUCUCCCCAGUCUCUGCCUACGGAAACCUUAACUGUUCCUUACAGUCCAUCUCCAAUGCUACUGACUCUGAAAUAUUUUCUUAUCCCCCAGACCUCAAUCAAAUAUAAUUCUACUUUCUUUGAAAGCUUACAGCAAAUUUCUUGAGGCUGGAAGAAGAGAAGUUUACUUUGUACAGUAUUUUAUAUAAAACACAGCCUCUAUAUACCUGCCUGUCCCUCUGCUCACACUAGCCCAGUCUUGCCUGCACUAGAUUUUAGCUACUUCUUAGUAAGGACUGUGUCAGAAGUUUGCCAUGUGCCUUAUACAGAGUAAGCACUCAAUAAAUAUUUAUCGACCUAAAUUGAACUUAAAAAUUCUAUGUAAGUCAGUGUGUUUUUAUACAAAGUGAAUUGAAUUUGGAGCAGUGGUUCUUAACCUCGGCUACACAUUACAAUCUCCUGGGGAGCUUUGAAAAAUCCCGAUGUCCAGGCCACAACCCCAAAUCGGUGAGCUCUGGGGUCGUGGCACAGACAUGAGUAGUUUUUAAAGCUUCCCAGGUGAUUCCAAUGAGCAGCUGAGGUUGAAAAAAAUCAUUUUAUUACCAUGAUUUGAUCACACAAGCUACCCAGCAAGGUCCAAAGGGGUUGCAGACGGCAUAAGGCCAUACUGCUGGCCUGGAUGAAGAGCGUACCCUCCCUUUUUGCACAUGCAGUGCGUGCCUGGGAAGUAGAAACAAACACGCCCUUUAGCCUUGUUAGACCCUACUAUUUUGCUCUACACUCAUUAAACAUAGAGCAUUCAUGAAGGCCCCAGAGUAAGCUCAAAAACCUGCAAAAAGGCACUGGGGGAAGAGGGAGGUCGGUGCAGCUCUUCUGGCCCUUUGUUUCAAAAAGCAGCCCAGAUCCCAAAAGUACCCUUCUCUCCAAACAACUAAAGGUUUUUCAUAACUUGAUUAGCCAUGGAAACGGGGAUCAGAGGGAAAAUGGAGAAAGAAAACAUACCAUUAAAACCAAACUGCUUUGUGGCCGGCCAGUGGCGCAGUGGUUAAGUUCGUGCGCUCCACAUCUGUGGCCCAGGGUUCGCAGGUUUGGAUCCUGGGCGCAGAUCCAGCACCACUCAUCAAACCACGCUGUCGCAGCACCCCACGUAAAAUAGAGGAAGGUUGGCACAGAUGUUAGCUCAAGGUCAAUCUUACACACACACACACACACACACGCACACAAACCAAACCGCCUUUUGGAAACAUAGCACCCUUCAGCAAAGUUAGGUUUUAAUCUGAAUUGCCAAAUAGUGGGACUGGUUUGAAUACAUCUUUCUCAUUUUAUUCCUCACUUAACUUUUCUAGGCAUCCAAUGAGAAAUUAAAUGGUUAGGAGACAAGCAGUUGGGUAGAGCCAGAGGUCUGAAUGAGACAGCAUGGAGAAUAAUUCCCAGGGGAGUCAAAGCUGACUUUUGUGACAACAGGUUAAUUUGGAUAUUCCUCAAAUGAUAAAUGGGUUGCCAUCUAGAUGUUCACUGUAAAUUUGUUGUUUAAAACUCAGAAUAUAUUUCCUCACAUAUCCACAUCACCCAAUGCUAGAUUCCCAAGUGAACCCAAAAGAAGUCUGUUUAAUUCAUGACUGAGUUACAGUAUCUAUUACACUAGAUUGGGUUAUAACCCCAAGAACAGGGAUCUAGGCAAAGCAGCCAAUAGGAAAAGAAAGACUACUUUCCCCUCCUUUUUUGUGUCUAUGAUGUGUCAAAGCUGGAGUGAUUAUGGUCCUUUCUGCAUCUAUCCCCUGUUCCAUGUUUUUCUCCCCAGAUGCCCUGUGCCCCGUGUUCUGUAAUCCCUGCUGUAACCCAUCCCUUCACACCCCUUCCCCACGGCCUGCCAGCAUGCUUCAUGCUCCAAAAUAACCUAACUCCAGUUCCAUGCAUCGUGGCUCGUUGUCCAGAAGAAAGCAGUCCAAUUGAACAAAUUCUGAAUGCCUGAGAGUCUUUUAACUUCACAGAGGCGCUGCAUUUUUUAAAGCAGUUGCAUUCUUACUCCUGUCAACUUCCAAUUGAUAGAAUUCCUGGCAAAGUUAAAAAAAAAAAAAGGCUAUGAAGAGAGGUCUAGAAAACUGACUGGGUCACACACCCAAGUUGUUCUUGUUGAUCACAGCCUCCCCCUGUCCUCCUCUUCCUCACACACUCCCAAACUACUUUCCAAGCUGAGCUCCUGGACUGUGUAUACGAGCUAUUUAUAAGCUGGUUGUAAACUCAAAGGCAAAUUUACUCAUGACCAUUAUUCAAGGUCACUUCCAGAGUCUUUGGGUAACCUGGACUCAAAGUAUUUCUGCUGAAGGUUGAGUUGAAAAUCAACGUGCCUUACCAGUUGAACAGUUACUUAGAUUGCAAUAGGGCUUUUUGGAGUCCUUUUCACCACUAAUUGCCUUUUCUAGUUUUAAGCGGAUCAAUAUUUCAGAAAGUUAAUUAAUGAAGCAUUGUUUGAAGAAUGUCAAGCAUCUUGUAAACUUUGACAAUGCAGUGGUCAUCAGUAUGCUAAAAAAGUUGCCAAUACCAUGUUUUUAAAAAUCUGUGCAGCGCAAAAAAAAAUUGCAUAUUUGUUAAAAGUAUGUUUGUCUCUUAUUUCUGUCUAAUUACAUUAGUUAGCAUACUUGGUAUUACAAAAUCAUAAACAGGCUGCCUUUUGUUAACACGUAAAUGAUGGCCACGCCACACUCUGAAGAGCAAUAGCCUUGAAACUGCAAGGAAUAGAGAAAGAACGCACUUUUCAAUCCUCUGAGAAUUGUGCCAGAAAUGCUGAGAAUAAGCAUAAAGAAAAUAGCUGUACUGUGGAGGAAUACAAAUACUAAUUUGCCAGAAGAUUUUAACAUAAAAGUGAAUAGAAAAUGUUUCCCUAAUAACAAAAUUUAAAAUAUUUCAACAUUAUUUGACAAUAAAUAUUUUAAGGCUGAAAUAAAUGUAUAUUUCUCUUUAAAAUGCAGAAAACAGCUUAGUUUCCAAGUUUACUUUUUGAUGAUGAUAGGAGCAAUUUUGUAAUGUACAAAUUGAUACUUAAAAAUGAUUUUUAAAAAUUAUUCUUAUUCAAAUUGUAUAAAUUACUACAUGAGUUAUAACCUGGUUAAAUAUCUCUAGAGUAACAGAAAGAUAAUUAGGGUUUGGUCUUCCUAAAACAUCAAACAAAUCCAGUAGACUUCUCAUAGAAUGUUCUUUAACUUUCCAAGAAAUUCAUUCAGCCUCCUAAUUGAAAACAGAGACACAUUAAAAAAUAAGACUUAAAGAUGAGAAAGAUGCUUGACCAGCGGAGUGGAGAGCUGGACCAGUUUAGAUUGGAAAUAAAUGGAGGUCCAAGUAUAGUUUUGUUAGAAUAAGAGGUGUUUUAAAACCAGGAGAAACAGGAGUUAUUUUCGUAUAGUAUGGGAAGAGUGAAUUGCUUGAUGUCCCAAAAUUACAAAGAACCUGUUUCUACACAGAUCCAGUGAGUUAUCUACAAACUAGAGGCAGACUCUUGUAAUUUCCCCACAAUUAGUGGUCCAAGAAUCCAGUGAACUAAUUUAUACUAGUAUUGACUAUGGUGGUCACACUACUAAAAGAUUAGUAAACACCUGUAUGUACAUAGUUUAAAUGGUUUUCCUGUGUAUUUUAGGGAGAGUUAAAAUCCUGAAAUAAUUCAAAUGAGAUCAUUUGAAUGCAACUGUAUUUUUUAAUACAUAUUGGUAAAUUAAAUUUUAUUUUUUCAGUAUUUUGAUUUCAGAGACAACUUAUCCUCUUUUCUGAUUAAUUUUCACUUAAUUUUUGCUAUCUUUAGUAUUAAGUUUCUUGGCUUACCUUUCUCCCCCAUUACCUCCCUGUUGAGAUAAAAAUUUGUAAAGUAUUUAACAGCAUUAGGAGAGCUCUCUAUUUCUAGGAAUUCUUAGGUGAAUUUCUAGGUGAAUUCUUAGGUGAAUUCCUAGAAAUAAGGGGGAUUUUAAUAACUCAGAUGAAUUUCAGACACAUCCUCUAAUUUUUCUAUAACUCUGGGGUCUCUGUUUCUUCAUCUAUAAAAUAAGCAAAAUACUUGAGCAUUUCCGAAGAUGGAAGGUAAGAUAAAUAAAUAAAUAUUUAUGAAAAGUUUACUUCAGAGACCCUAAAAAAAAGCGGUAGAAGGUGUUUUUUUUCCCCCAAGGAAAAUGUUAAAAAUACUUUUCUCCAAAGUAAGUGGUUAAUUUGUUUUAAAAACUCUCAUUUCUUUCCUACCCCACUACUUCAUUUUUCCUUAGAAGGAUGGUACACACUGAUGGAAUUUCUUCCAAGAUGGCAGGCAGUUAAAAAAAAAAAUCUAGAGGAAAAUCAAAUGAAUUCAAGAAAUAUCCUAUCUGCAUUCUGCAGGCAGAUUCCAGGGAAACUUAUUUCGACCCAGGCAGAAUACCCUAAGGGAACUCUGACUCCCGCGUCUAUGAUUGAAGCUGGUGGAAAUAAUGACUCCACAGGGCACGGAGAAAUAGCAAGGAAGUCCUGUCUUCUCUUUUGACUUAGGCAGUUCAGGGCAAUUCCAUUUUACUGGUCCAGACCGUAAUGAAGAAGCGUUCCAUGCUAGCAUGUCAGUGGCCUUACACCAAAAUGAAUCAACUUUAGGAUAACAGAUAGAUAUAGACUUUCAAAAACGAGCAUAUCCUUUGGUCUCUGUUUCUGCAUUCUUAGCUACAGCAAGUCUGAAUUCAACCCUGAAGAUUCAUGUCAGCCAUGGGGACUGACAAAAGACGUGCUUGUGCCUGAAGGCAUGUGCACACACACACACACACAAACACACACUUCAAGUAAGGAGUCAUGGAGCAUCCAUAGCUAACUUAAUUCAAACCGAAUCAAGUGACCCCUUUUAUGCAUUUCCUUUCUCUUCCUGCAUAAGUUCUUUCCACUUGAAAACACACCAGGCCCCAGAAAGCUCACAAACAUGGUAUGCUUCCAUCUUAGGAAGCUUGAGUCAACUUAUUUUCUAAAGUCCUUUUUUGGUUAUUGAAAUCCUAAUGGAAAAACCAUUAAGAUAGCCAUUUUGAAAUGCGUGAAUUACAUAAACUGUAUAUUUUGCCUCUAUUGCUAGGAAGCAAUUAAUGCAUCUCGGCUUUUAUUCCUGUUCCUCUGCAUUGUGCAUGUUAGACAUUCUGUGGAACUGAAAACCAGUGAUCACUUAAGCCAAAACGUUUGUGAGCAUAAACUGUGUCUUUCUUCAGGAGGUAUAUGGCACUGUAUUCUGGUAGACCACGUCAUCUCCAUGACACCCUUUGCUGUUUCCUAGUCGUGCUUUCUUAAAGAUUUGUUAGAGGUUGUGUUUUGUUUGGAAACUUUGCAAUUAGAAGAAAAGAAGGAAUUAAGAGUCAGUAUUUAAUUCAAACUGGAUGUUUAAAAAAGCAAUUUAGAGGAUAUGAUGGACUGUUUCUUUAUUCAUUAAAUAAAAUUUUAUUUAUUCUCAA